AUGAUGGCAAUACGCCGAUGCCUGACCAGCUCAUUCAGGCAAAUCUACGAGUGGCGUCGUGCGAUUCUAGUGCAAACUGUACUGAUAGUAACACUCGCCACAGCCACCACGUUUAUGCCCGAGCAGCAGCGUGUUACGUUACAGCAAGCGAUCAACGUUUUUCGUCGUCUGAAACAACGUACCACUGAAGCUCCCUUCUCUGACUCAAGGAUGGCAUGGCGAAGCAGCGGUCGCACUAACGACGAACUCGUACAGAAUCUCGAAAGAGGGCGAUUAUUCACAUCGACACGUGUAGGCGAAGCUAUGCGUGCAGUGGAUCGAGCAGAUUUUUCACCACGACAACCGUACAUGGAUCAACCAAAAGGAUCGGAUGGAAUGCUACCAUUUCCGCACCACAUAUGGUACGUUAGGGUAGUGCUACUGUAG